AUGGCGCGGGUGUGGCAUGACAGUCAUCACGACGAGCACGCCCGCAUGCUGGCGGAGCACGCAGAGCUGCUGGAGUCGAGCGUCAGCGAGCAGCUGGGGCCCCUGGCGGGGUUUCUUGUGCGCACGCUCAAUCGGCGCGGCGCUCUGACGCUACGGGGACUCGCUGACGCCGUGAAGCGGGAGCCGUUUGGCAACCCACUCAGCACCGGCGACGCGGCGAGGCGCGUGGGGUGCCCGCUAUCCGUCUCCGCAGUGGCGGGGGACGUGGGCACGGACGCGGCCAUCAAGGAGCUCAUGGCGCGGCUUGUGCUUCACCGCGUUGUGUGUUACGAUGCUGAGCGGCACGUGUACGGCGUGGCACUCGGCUACGGACUGCUGCUGCGCACUUUGUUUCCACUUGUCAUGCAGUUCUUUCAGCGCCGCUACGGUGAGACAGGGGUGACGCUGCUGAUGGUCUUCCACCAGCUGGCGACGGUGCCGUGGGAGGCUGCGCUGCGACUUGCGAUGGAGCGGCGGCCGGCACUUAGCGAGGCACUGCGGCACUGCGGGCGCGAGAUGGAGCGGCUCGGCUUCAUUGAAUUUGUCUCCGCCGGAAGAAGCGUGGAGACGGCCGUCACGGCGACCCCAACAGCGGCCCUCUCGCCGGAUCCCUGCCGCCUGCACGUUGGCAACAUUCUCGCUGAGAUGCUGCACGACGCUAUUCAACACCAACUUCUUGCCGAACGCUUCGCGGACGGUGGUGUGGCGGCUGCCGUGAUGGAGGCCUUUGCGACGGCGGGGCGGGGCCGCCGCCUAGAGGAGCGUUCGCCUGUGUUCCCGCCGGUGCACCCCCGCGCCAGCGUCUCACUGCCACUGCGCGUGCUGCUGCGGGAGGUCCCCCUGGCGGAGGGCGCCGUCGUAGAGACGGUGAGCCGCAUGUGCCGCCCGGAUGGGGACUCGCUGCUGAGCAACGACGGCACUGCCACUGUGGCGAUUGAGGGUCCCUACCGCUUCCGCUAUGAUGCCGCCAUCGAUGCGAUGCGGCGGGACUGUUGUGAGCGUCUGGUGUUUGCGCGGCAUGGGGUGCUUGGGGUGCGGCUGAUGAAGUUGCUGCUGCAGCAUCACAACAUGGAGGACCGCAUGCUCGCGGAGGAGGCCAUCGCCACGCUUCCCCGCACCCGUGAGGUGCUGCACGCCAUGCUGCGCGACGGCUACGUUCGCCAGCAGGAGGUACCAAAGAGCGGCGUGAUGGCAGAUCGCCAACCGAAGAACUCCGUGUUCUUAUGGGGCUGCAGUCUGGAGAAGGACCUGCUCCCCGUCGUUCGCAUGCAGGUGGCCAAGGCCCUCCGUCUUACGCUCGCCCGGCUCUCUUUGGAGCGACAAGCUGCGGCGAGUCAAGUGGCUCCCUUCACGGCGGCGGCGGCAGCUACUGUCGGUGGUGCCGUCCCCGCCGCUACAACUAAAGUCGCUACAAGCGAGGCGGCGGCCGGCGUCCGAAGGACCACGGGUGAGGCGACGGCUGAGGCUCUGCGAUCCCAGCGCGCGGUGGCGGCGUUAGAGAGUUCCGCCUUGGCGCUGAUGGGGACGAUGCUGGUGCUUGACUUUUACUAA